CAGUGUUUUGUCUAAGCCUCUGUGAAGCACAUGCUCCAGAAGUAGAGGUGUCCUGCUCUGGCUGUACUGUACUAUCGUCUCACGUGUCUCUGCUCCAUCUCUCUCAUCUUUCACUAUGUCUGUCCAGCUAGUCGUAUCUCUCCUAGCUCUAGCUUCUCUGAAUGCUGCAUCUGCACCGCUCUGUAAAGAACUGGUCAAACCCCUGGUACUGGAGGACCAUACUGAGAUCUAUGGCAAAUGGGUGUAUGUGAUGGGGUCUGCGGAUCAUUCAGUCUUCCAAAAAGCUUUGGGGACUCUGAAAAGCUCCUGGAUUGACCUGUCGGCUACAUCUGACCAUCAAGUAAUCACACUACGUUGGGGAGACCGCAUUGAUGGCAAAUGCGUUGUCGGUGCAACAAAUGCUACCAUCUCCGGCACCACCUCCACAGUUCACAUUCAUUUGUCUGAACACAAAGGUCAGUACCUGGAGACCUGCCCUGACUGCCUGCUAUGGUCAGACACCUCUCGUAAUGGAGACAUCACUGGCAGAUACCUACUCCUGUUUACAAGGUCAGGGAAAAUGGAUCCCACAUACCUGGACACCUAUAAGAACCAGGCAGAGUGCCUGAACUUCCCAGAGACACACCACACCUAUGAUGGAGAAACAGAGCUGUGCCCCGAUGACAACCAUAAGGAGAAGGUGGUGGAUGAGGAUACUAUGGAAGAGAAGCAGACUACAGAGGAAGAGAAGACUAUGGUGGAGGAGGCGACUAUGGAGGAGACGCUGACUACAGAGGAAGAGAAGACUACUGAGAAGAACCCAACUACAGAGAAGAAUCCGACUACAGAGGAAGAGAAGACUACGGAGAAUAAUCUGACUACAGGGAAGAAUCCGACUACAGAGGAAGAGAAGACUAUGAAUUGAGCAAAACAACCAGAUCCUCACUAUUGUGCCCAACAUCUCUUUAGUGGAACUUUGAUCCCAGAACUAUCUAACCAAAUAUGACAUGUACUUUCAUACGUCUUUAAAUCAUGUAUUACAUACACAGGGAGUGAUAUGACCAUGUAAUGAUAAAAAAUGCUAACGUUUUUACCGUGAAUGUUUUCAUGUCUUUACUGUUUCUUUGAUAGUUACAGUUAUAACAGUUCAAUAUAACUGUCCAAACAUACAUUUAAAUAAAGACAUUCAAACUCA